CCUAAGCGCCUAGAAUUUUGUUUACAUUUAUUUCAAAUUGUAAUUUUAUUGUCCCUUGUAUUGUUGAUUUACAUCUCCUUGGAAUCUACAAAUGGCGUUCUCACAAUCAUUCGAAUUUGGCAAUAGCACUUUGAUGAAAUUAGAAAGUCAAGCUAAUCGGGCUUUACAAGAUGACCAAGAAAAUUGCGAUCUCAAUGAAAAGGCUCUGGAUGUUAUAUUGGAGUCUCCAAAAUCGAAUAAUAGGACGUCUGUAUUCUCAGCAACAAAAUCACGUUCUCGUGUUUUACACACUACCCAACGCAAUAAUGUGAAGACUGCAGAUACUACCCAUCAUAGGAAAUUCAGGCGCAGUAAAUCAGAUUCUACAUUACCCAAAGCAGUGAAGGAACUUAGUUGUGACAAUUAUUCGGAAUUUUUUAAAAGUGACUUUUCAUUUCCAAACAAUGAACCCAAAGAAGAUGCUCAUGUUGCAGCUAAAGAAGAAUCUUAUCUUAGGGUGUCACAAAUAGAAGCGGCAUUUAGUGGCAUAGAUAAGAUUCCAGAAGAAGAGCCAAAGGCAACAUCAUUAAGAGAAUCAGAGAUAGAUGCUGCUUACAACCUGUUGACUGGCAACGAGAACUCCUUUAAAGUAAAUAAUGAUGAUUUUAAUAUUACCGAUAAUGAAAUUGGCGAAAAUGGCGACGAUGAUGAGGAUGGCUCUUUGGAUAAGCCAAUUUUCUCUGAAGAUAUAAGAGAUUUCAUAGAAACAGAAGAACCUAAUGACAAAGAAGAUUUGUUACAAAAUUCUUUGCCUCUGUCGCUUGUUGAGAGAAAGGAAGCACAUUAUGAAGAACCCAAGGAGGUCUUGCAUGAAAUUAGCAGCUUCUUGUAUCAUCCAAAAGAUAAUCCUUCUAAUCUUGAAAGAACCCAAGCCAUACACAAGGAACUAGAAACAAGCCACAUGAUAUUCAAAGAGAGCGAGAGGCCAGAAAUGAAUGCAACAUCAGAAAAUAUAAGUUUAAGUCACAUGUCUCCAGAUCAACUCAAAUUUACCCAAGAUUCACCAGAUAUUAAGAACAAAGUAUCCCAAAGUGUUGAUGUGUACAAAAAGCAAUCAAUGGAAAAAUCAAAUUUAGAAAAUAAAUCAGUCAGCAAAGCUGCACUGGAGAAAAAGAAAGACAUGGUUUUAUCUCAAAAUAUUGAAACACUCAAGUCCAUAUCAGCCUGGAAUUUGCCAUUGAGUGUUCUCAAGGAAUAUGAACGUAAAGGUGUUAUAAAAAUGUUCGACUGGCAAAUUCAGUGUUUGAGCAAUCCUAAGGUUCUCUUCGAACAUUGUAAUUUGGUAUACUCUGCUCCUACUUCCGCUGGCAAAACUCUGGUCAGUGAAAUUCUACUGCUAAAGACUGUUUUGGAAAGGGGUAAAAAAGUUCUUCUGAUUUUGCCCUUUAUAUCUGUGGUGCGAGAGAAAAUGUUCUAUCUACAAGAUCUAUUAACAGCCGCUGGAUAUCGUGUUGAAGGAUUUUUUGGUGGCUAUACACCUCCAGGAGGAUUUGACAGCAUAAAUGUUGCCAUUUGCACCAUCGAAAAGGCCAACUCGAUUGUCAACAAACUACUGGAACAAGGAAAACUGGAUGAAAUCGGCACUGUGGUAGUUGACGAAGUCCAUUUGAUUUCAGACCCUGGUAGAGGUUAUAUCUUAGAAUUGCUAUUGGCCAAAGUUUUGUAUAUGUCAAGGAAAUAUGCUUUGCAAAUACAAGUUAUCACAAUGUCUGCCACAUUGGCCAAUGUGGAGUUGUUGCAGCGUUGGUUAGAUGCCGAAUUGUUUAUAACAAAUUUUCGACCAGUUGCUCUCAAUGAAAUGAUAAAAGUCGGCAACAAAAUCUAUGAUAAUAAUUUAAAAGUUAUAAGAUCAAUAACUGAACCAUCGGUGGAUAUACGCGAACCAUUUCCUGCCAUACCAAAUGAUGCGGAUCAUAUUGCCCAAUUGUGUGUGGAAACUUUAAUUGAAGGUUGUUCGGUGAUUGUGUUUUGUCCCUCCAAGGAUUGGUGUGAAAAUUUAUCCAUACAAUUGGCUGGUGCCAUACACACACUUGGCAAACAAGGCGGUGAAUGGGGUAUAAAGUUGAGAGCUCAGCUGAAUAGAGAAGCCAUUGAUGAGAUGAAAAAACAAUUGAAAGAUAUUCCAACUGGUUUGGACACUGUCUUGGAAAAAACUGUUACCUAUGGUUGUGCAUUCCAUCAUGCUGGCUUGACCACAGAAGAAAGAGAUAUUGUCGAAGCCAGUUUUAAAUCAGGUGCAUUGAAAAUAAUUGUGGCAACAAGCACAUUGAGUUCAGGAGUAAAUUUACCCGCACGUCGAGUAUUAAUACGAUCUCCUUUGUUUGGGGGCAAACAAAUGAGUUCAUUAACCUAUCGUCAGAUGAUUGGUAGGGCUGGAAGAACAGGAAAGGAUACUUUGGGUGAAUCCAUUCUAAUUUGCACUGAGAAUAAUGCACGAAUAGGCAAGGAAUUGGUAACGGCUGAUUUGAGGCCAAUAACUUCUUGUCUUGAAAUGGACAGCAGUACCCACCUGAAACGUGCUCUGCUCGAGGUCAUAUCCUCCGGAGUGGCAACCACGAAAGCCGAUAUAGAUAACUUUGUAAAGUGUACACUUCUUAGCGCUCAGAAACAAAUGUCCAAUAAUCAAAACGAGAGUAAUCAAGAGGAUAUGGAAGACGAAUAUAUAGGAGGAGCCUUGGAUUUUCUGGUGGAAUAUGAAUUUGUGCGUUUACAAAAUAGUGAAGAGACUAAUGAGCAAUACUAUGUGGCCACCAGACUAGGAAUGGCUUGCUUGGCUUCCUCCAUGCCACCAACUGAUGGCUUAAUAUUAUUUGCUGAAUUACAAAAAUCUCGUCGUUGUUUCGUCUUGGAAUCGGAAUUACAUGCUGUGUAUUUGGUUACCCCCUAUUCGGUAUGCUAUCAGUUGCAGGAUUUAGAUUGGUUGUUUUUUCUGGAUUUAUGGGAAAAGCUUACGCCGGCAAUGAAAAAGGUCGGCGAGUUAGUUGGUGUCAAGGAAUCGUUUUUAGUCAGAGCUAUGAGAGGUCAAACUAAGCUGGACUAUAAGUUGAUGCAGAUACACAAGAGAUUUUACACCGCUUUGGCUUUACAGGAAUUGGUAAAUGAGACUCCCAUUAAUACAGUGGCCAUAAAAUACAAAUGCUCCCGUGGAAUGUUGCAAAGUUUACAACAAAUGGCCUCAACCUUUGCUGGAAUUGUUACAUCUUUCUGUAACUCCUUGCAAUGGGAUACGCUCAGUCUAAUUGUCUCACAGUUCAAAGAACGGUUGUAUUUUGGAGUUCAUCGCGAUCUUAUAGAUCUAAUGCGCAUACCAGAUCUAAAUCAUAAGAGAGCUAGAGCUUUAUUUGAUGCGGGUAUUACCUCAUUGGUGGACUUGGCCAAUGCUGAUGUUUUGAGCAUAGAAAAAAUUCUUCAUAAUUCCCUAAGUUUUGAUUCGGUCAAACAGCAUGACAAUGAAAAUGCUACCGAAGCAGCGCAAAGAAAUGAGGCUAGGAAUUUCUAUAUAACUGGUAAGGCGGGCAUAACAGUGGCUGAAGCAGCAAAGUUGUUGGUCCAUGAGGCUAGACAAUUUGUACAAUAUGAAAUUGGUGCGGGUAAUAUUAAUUGGACGCAACAGAAUGGAAGUGCUAAUGAUGAUAGUAUUGGAAAAGAUGAGCAGGAAGAACUUCAUAUGUCCUAUGAAGAAGAUAAAUUUGUUCAAGAAGCUGUAAAGCCUCAUAGAGGAAUUGAGCAUGAAGUGGCUAAAGAAAGCAAGGAAUCUAGCAGAAGGGCCGAAAGAGAAGCAACACAAAAUGGGAUUGGUAUAUCAUCAAAUAAGGAUUUGAAAACUAAGCAAUCUGCUGAAGAUGCCAAUUCAGCUCCUGAAAAGAAAGAGGUUCCUAAUGUCUAUAACUCAUCUAAAGAUAAUUUAAAAUCCAAAAAAAGUUCAGAAGGUACCAACACUGCAAACUACAACGGCGUACUUCGAAAUGGAAAAACAUCAUCAAGGGAGACAUUAAAAUCUAAAGAAUUUGCUGAAGAUGUGCCGAAUAAGGCAAAAAAUGAAGGUUUACUCAAGGAAAAACGAUGUUCGUCGCCAAAAGUCAUAAACUCAAGAACAGUCUCGAAAUCAAACCCCAAGGAAAUUUUAUCAAAAAACAAGGGAUAUAGUCCUACAAAGUUUGAAGAAACUAAAAAAGUUCCUUUGGAAAAAUGUCACACAAAAGCUACUAUCGUACAUACUAGCCCCAAGGAGGCGACAGCCACGAGGGAGGGAAAUAAUCCUACGAACGUUAAAGAAAAUAACCCUAAGGAGGAUGUUCCCUUGGGACAAGGUAAACCCAAAGCUUUUGCUAACGAAAAAUCCAACCUUAAAGAUCAUAUAACAUUUGAAGAUGACUCCAAGAUCUUAGAUGCUAUAAAGGAAAUUGGAAUAAGCCAGAUGAUAGCCUCUACAAAAUCAGACACUGCGAUCAAAACUUCUAAGGAGGAAACAAAAACUUCCAAACAACCAAAUGCAAACUACAAGGAUUCUCCUCCAAAAUUAAGAUGUAAAGAUGAGCAGAAUGCUAAAGAAAAGAAAGCAAGCAACAAAAAUGGUCAAAUAAACGCGGAAAGCAAUUUUCAUAAAAACAGCCCACGAAAAAUGGAUGAUGGCCAAUCUACUUUGAAUUCGAAGCACAGAGAUGGGGAUAAAAAACCAAAUAUGAAGCGCAAGUCCUUAGAAAAUCCUUUGGAUGAUAGUCCACCGAAACUCAAAAAGGAUGCAAAUCCCGUAGAUGAGGAGGAAAAACCCAGCACCAGUAAAAAAGCUCAAAGGUUGCUUAAGGCCAAACAGUUAUCCGAAAUGAAAAAAAUGGAGUGGGCCAGAAAACAGGACGAAUGUGAAAAAGAAAUUACCCCUAAAACUGGCACUAAGGCAAAUUCAAGAAAUUUGGAAAAGCAAAUGGAAAUAGCAGAAGACACACCUUUAUCUUCUAAAGCGGAAAACGCAACAAACGAAAAAUUUUUAAAAUCCCCAAAGGAAAUUUCGACUUCAGAGAAACCUUGUGAAGCCCAUAGAAAAUCAACACCCCUUCAAAAACACGAAGUUGCAUCCAAAAAAGGCUCACCUUAUACACCAACACCCACCCUGGUGCCAGCUAAAUUACCUCGAAGAAGUCCUCGCAACCAUUUGAUUAGCUCCACAAGAAUAGACAAUGAGACGACGUCGACUCCCCCUAAGAAGGUGACAAAAAUCAAAACCAAUGUAAAAAGUCCCGAUUCCUUAUUUGACAAUGAAAAUGAAGAGUCUUUUGUUUUCAAUACUGGCGUCAAUGAGGCUAUCAAACAGGCAGAGCAAUUUAAGGAACCAGCAGUGAAAGAUGCAUUAAAUCAUUCCCAAGAGGAUGAAAUACCCAGCUCACAACAGCUGAUAGAAGAUGAGCCUACAAAUAGAACAAAUUCACCACAUGCCUCUAGAUUUCUGCGUUCCCUGAGAGCCACACAAAGAUUUCAAACUCCCAGGGUGCGUAAAGUAAAAAGAGCUGCCACGCCUGAACAACAAAAGCCACCAAGUCCUCAAAGUAAAAAGAAAGCAGAAGCUCUAAAAGCAACCUCCCCCACACGAGCCAAGGAAAUUGCUACUUCCUCAAGCCACAAACCCACUUCACCUCCCCAGCCUACCUCAUCUUCCAGCAUUGAGUUAUCCGAUUUUUCCAUGGAAAAUUCUUUAAUCAAAAAUCCCAUGCAUCUCAAUGCUUCUCACAUACUGAGUGCCUCCAAAGUGGAUACCGAGUCUUCAUCAUUCAAAUCUAUCGACAUCAUAGACAUUUGUGGAGAUCAACAACUCUUCAAAGGAGCCUUCAAAGAAUUUAUGGCCAAUAAACGCUUGGGCUUUUGUCUGGGUCUACAGCAAAUGGCGGGCAAGCGUAAACCCAUAAUAGGAGCAAAUUUGUUGUUAAAUCAAGUCGCUGCAUCGGACCGAGAAAAAGAAGCUACGGAAAGUUAUGAAUUCCAUAUAGAUGAUACCACCUAUUUGGCUGGCAUCGGAUUUUGCAUAUCCGACAACCUGGUGUACUAUAUGAACAUGCAAGCCGCAGGAUCAUGUAAAGGUUUAACUGCAGACAUCAAAUGUAAAUAUUUAAGAAUGCUAUUGCGCUCCUCAGAACAUUGCCUUAUUGUUUACGAUGGCAAAGAGCAAAUGAAGAUUUUGCGAAAAUUGUUAAAAGAUUUGGAAGAAUUGGAAAUGUCCAUAGAGGAUCCCAAAGUAGCCAACUGGUUAUUGCAGCCUGAUAAAUUACACAAUUUGCAUAGUUUGGCUCAAUUAUUUGCUCCCGAAUGCUCAGCUUUGGUCAAUUUAUGCGGCAGCAGUGCCAGAGGUUAUCAUAGUUAUGGCCUAGAUUCUGACAGCGCUAUAUUAGCCAAGGUUAGGUGUUCCAUUGAGUCAUGUGUGACAAUUCAUAUCCUUAAGGGACAAAUUGAAAAUUUAGAGCGUAUUGGUACGGGACAGUUGUAUAAAUUCUUCAAGGAACUAGAAAUGCCCCUACAAAUAUCUCUUUGUAACAUGGAAGUUAUUGGAUUUCCCGCAAGCUCAGAUGCUUUGCAUAAAUUAUUUCAACAAAUGGUUGAUUCCAUGAAAAAGCUGGAGACAAAAAUCUAUGAACUGCAUGGAUCCAGAUUUAAUUUGGGAUCAUCACAAGCAGUGGCUAGGGUUUUGGGACUUCAUCGCAAAAGUAAUGGCCGUGUAAGCACUUCUAAGCAGAUUUUGGAGAAAAUCGAUACACCCAUAUCUCAAAUGAUAAUCACCUAUCGCAAAUUGAGUGUAACUCUAAGUAAAAAUAUACAGCCACUCUUGAAGUGUGUGCAAAAUGAAAGAAUACAUGGCCAAAGUAUAACCUUCACCUCCACCGGCCGAAUAUCCAUGACAGAACCCAAUUUACAAAACGUCGCCAAGGAUUUUGAUAUAGAAAUUGGUUCGGAAAAAUACACCAUCUCUUGUCGCAGUGCUUUCUACCCCAUUGACUCGAAGCGGGGUUUAAUAUCAUCUGACUUUUGUCAAUUGGAAAUGAGAAUUUUGGCUCACCUAUCCCAAGAUGCUGCUCUAUUGAAGGUUAUGAAAUCGGAAAAAGAUGUAUUUGUUGCUAUUGCCGCGAAUUGGAAUAAAAUACCCGAGCAUAGUGUAACCGAACAGAUACGCAAUGGAACGAAACAAAUUUGUUAUGGCAUUGUUUAUGGCAUGGGUUUGAGAUCAUUGGCCGAAGGUCUUAAAUGUACAGAACAAGAGGCAAAAUUUGUUUCGGAACAAUUUCAUGCCGCCUAUCCGGGUAUAAGAACCUACAUUGAUAAAGUGGUAAAAUUUGCCAAAAACAAUGGUUACAUUGAGACAAUAACCGGAAGAAGAAGAUACUUGGAGCACAUAAAUAGCAGUGAAGCAUCAAUGAAAAGUCAAGCGGAAAGGCAAGCAGUCAACUCCACUAUACAAGGAUCGGCAGCAGAUAUAGCCAAGAGUGCCAUCUUACGCAUGGAGAAAAAUAUUACCAAAUAUCGUACCAAAUUGGGUAUAGAACCCGAGGCGGUACGUUUAGUUUUACAUUUACACGAUGAACUGAUAUUCGAAGUACCCGAAGAUAAGGCAAAAAAGAUAGCCAAAGUACUCAGCAUAACUAUGGAGAAUUGUGUUAAACUCAAUGUGCCACUGAAAGUCAAAUUAAAAAUCGGCAAAAGUUGGGGUGAUUUAAAAGAAGUAAGGCUAUAAACAACUCCAAAGGUCAUUUAUUAUAAAAUUGUUUUCUCAUACAAAGGGAAUGGUUAGUUAUACAUUUAAAAAAACUAAUGUGAACAACAACUGUUUACAAGCCUUCCUUUUGGGCCCAUUCGGUCCAAGAGCCUGGAUAUGGUUUAGCACUGAAAUUGUAAAAUAUUUAUGUUUUAACAAUUUGUUGUUAAAUAAAUGAUUGCUUUGUCCCUCUACACUUA